UCUACUUCUCUGCUCGUUUACACAAACCGGUCACAUUCGCUGUGAGUGUAGCGUGCGGAUGAACAGUCUGCGGGAGAGUGAGGGAGGCGACUUAAACCUACCAAGUAGGCAUCGUUCUUCAUUGGCUUUAACCUGUCUGUGUGCUUGUAUCUUUUGAUGGUUACAACUUCAAGGGAUUAUUAUCGAACGACACGUUUCCCUGAAAUGAAACCAGUCGAUCAUGCCCCCUAGAUAGCAGCCUCACCACCCCUUUACCCCCCCCUUACCCCUCUCGUCCCAUACUCUCCAGUGGUCCACGAUGCCCCCGCGGAAGCGGACGCGCCCCGCCCUGGGGUUCCUGUGCUGCUUUGGCAGCAGCGAGCCCCUGGAGAUCAACCUGAAGGACAGCGUGCCCCUGCAGUUGCUGGAGUUCAGUGCCCCCAUGCCCCCGGCCGAAGAACUGCACGCACGUUUCUCUGAACUGGUGGAUGAAUUGGACCUGACAGACAAGAACAGGGAGGCAAUGUUUGCUCUACCUGCCGAGAAGAAAUGGCAGAUCUACUGCAGCAAGAAGAAGGAGCAAGAGGACCCCAACAAGCUGGCCACAAGCUGGCCCGACUACUACAUCGACCGCAUCAACUCCAUGGCUGCUAUGCAGACCCUGUUCGCCUUUGACGAGGAGGAGAUGGAGAUGAGGAACAAAGUGGUGGAGGACCUGAAAACAGCACUUCGGACUCAGCCAAUGAGGUUUGUGACGCGCUUCAUUGAGCUCGAGGGCCUCACCUGCCUGCUCAAUUUCCUGCGGAGCAUGGACUACGAGACGUCGGAGAGCCGCGUGCACACCUCGGUCAUCGGCUGCAUCAAGGCCCUGAUGAACAACUCGCAGGGUCGAGCUCACGUGCUGGCCCACCCGCAGAGCAUCAAUACCAUCUCCCAGAGCUUGCGGCAGGACAACGUCAAGACCAAAGUGGCCGUGCUGGAGAUCCUGGGCGCAGUGUGCCUGGUGCCCGAUGGCCACAAGAAGGUGCUGCAGGCGAUGGCCCACUACCAGAAGUAUGCCGCCGAGAGGACCCGCUUCCAGACGUUACUGAAUGAGCUAGACAGAAGUACGGGGCGCUACAGAGACGAGGUCAACCUGAAGACAGCCAUCAUGUCCUUUAUCAAUGCUGUGCUCAAUGCCGGGGCUGGGGAGGACAACCUGGAGUUCCGCCUCCACCUCAGGUACGAGUUCCUGAUGUUGGGGAUCCAGCCCGUGAUUGACAAGCUCAGAGGGCACGAUAAUGCCAUUCUGGACAGGCAUUUGGACUUCUUUGAGAUGGUGAGGAAUGAGGAUGACUUGGAACUUGCCAAGCGUUUUGACCUGACCCACGUGGACACUAAGAGUGCUGGCCAGAUGUUUGAGUUGAUCAAGAAGAAGCUGAACCACACAGAUGCCUAUCCUUACCUGCUCUCUAUCCUCCAGCACUGCCUCCAGAUGCCCUACAAACGCGGAGGGGGCAGUCUGCAGCAUUGGCAGCUCCUAGACCGGAUCCUGCAGCAGAUAGUCCUACAAGAUGAGAAGGGAGAGGACCCGGACAUAGCGCCCCUUGACAACUUCAGUGUCAAAAAUAUAAUUCGCAUGUUGUUCAAUGAAAAUGAGGUUAAUCAAUGGAGAGACCAAGCAGAGAAGUUCAGGAAAGACCACUCAGAGCUAAUGGCCAAGCUGGAGCGGAAAGAGAGGGAAUGUGAUACCAAGACGCAGGAGAAGGAGGACAUGAUGAAGACCCUCAAUAAGAUGAAGGACAAACUACAGAGAGAGGGAGUGGAGUUGCGGUCAGCGCGGGACCAAGUGCUCGACCUGCACUCGCGCAUCAGUGACAUAGCAGGUGACAGCGUACCAUUCCCUCCUCCGCCCCCUGGUGGCCCCGUCCCCCCUCCCCCCAUGACUGGAGGCUUCCCUCCGCCCCCUCCCCCUCUGCCUUCAGCUGCCCCCUCCUCCCCUCCUCCACCUGGAGGCCCUCCUCCUCCUCCUGGAGCUCCACCCAUCUUCUCUGGAAUCCCACCUCCUCUGGGCCCACCUGGAUUUGGUACUACUGCUACCAUGCGCUCAAAGUCUAUCCCGCAGCCCUCGCACCCGCUCAAAUCCUUCAACUGGGCCAAGCUGGGCGAGAACAAGAUCACUGGCACCAUCUGGCACGACGUCGAUGACCUAAGGGCCUUCAAGAUCCUCGACCUCAAGGACAUCGAAAAGAUGUUCUCGGCCUAUCAGAGACAGCAAGAGCUGCUCACUAACCAAUCCUUCAAGCAGAAGGAAACCGGCUCGAUGGAUGACCUGUACCUGAGCACUCGCAAGGUGAAGGAGCUGUCGGUAAUCGACGGUCGGCGCGCUCAGAACUGCGUCAUCCUGCUCUCUAAGUUAAAAAUGAGCAACGAGGAGAUCAAGAGGGCCAUUCUAGAGAUGGACGAGCGGGAAGAGCUAGCCAAGGACAUGCUGGAGCAGCUGCUGAAGUUUGUCCCUGAAAAGAGUGACAUUGACCUCCUGGAAGAGCACAAACACGAGCUGGAGCGCAUGGCCCGUGCUGACCGCUUCCUCUUCGAGAUGAGCAGAAUUGACCACUACCAGCAGAGACUUCAGGCCCUGUACUUCAAGAAGAAGUUUGCAGAGCGCCUGGCGGAAACCAAGCCCAAGGUCGAAGCCAUACUGAGUGCCUCUAAGGAGGUGGUCCGCAGUAAGAGGUUGACUCAGACCCUGGAGGUGGUCCUGGCCUUCGGCAACUUCAUGAACAAAGGUCAGCGGGGCAACGCCUACGGCUUCAAGGUGUCAUCCCUCAACAAGAUCGCAGACACCAAGUCCAGCAUAGACAGGAACAUCACCAUGUUGCACUACCUAAUCAUGAUCUUUGAGAAGAACUACCCUGACAUCCUCCACAUCCAGCAGGACCUGCUCAGCAUACCUGAGGCAGCCAAAGUCAAUCUGGCUGAGUUAGAGAAAGAGGUGCACAACAUCAAGAGUGGACUGAAGGCUAUAGAGACUGAGCUGCAGUACCAGCAGAGCAGGAUGACGGACCGGGGGGACAAGUUUGUCCCCGUGGUGGGGGACUUCAUCACAGUGGCCAGCUUCAGCUUCUCUGAGCUAGAAGACCUUCUGAACGAGGCCAAGGAUAAGUUCACCAAGUCACUGAAGCACUUUGGGGAGGAGCAGGAUCGCAUGCAGCCCGAUGAGUUCUUUGGGAUCUUCGACACAUUCCUGGUGUCGUUCGACGAAGCCAGGCAGGACCUGGAGAACAUGCAGCGCCGCAAGCAGGAGGAGGAAAGGAGAGCACGCAUGGAAGUCAUGCUGAAGGAGCAGCGAGAGCGUGAACGGCGGGCCAAGAAGGGUGGCGCCACGGACGAGGUGGGGGGCGAGUUUGACGACCUGGUGUCGGCGUUGCGCUCCGGCGAGGUCUUUGACAAGGACCUGUCCAAACUCAAGCGCAACCGCAAGCGUUCGGUCAACCAGCUAGUGGAAGGGGGUGGCCGCGAAAGACCGGUCACCAAGGUCAACUAUUAAUGACCCCUGGCCCCCAGGAGUCAUAGGUGAAAGGGAGACAACAAACAAUGUUGGCACUGUUUUCCUCACCGGUGAACUCUAGAGGUUAACGGUCAGAGGGUAAGAUUGUGGGUGUUGGAUUGCCGUUUUGAUAUAGCAGCCACACAACCCAUCGGAAGGAAAGUAGAUUUUUAGUUGACGAGAAUUGCUCUUCUUCAAAACUCCACCAAGACACCUGACCCCAUCUUCAGAAGUGGACUACAGACACUUAAACUGACUGACAGACAGACCACUGUGACAUGACUCCCUUUCCUCUUUAGACCACCUCUCCAUCCCCUUCUGACCACAUCUCUCCAGAACUGUGCUCCAUGUCUCUCUUUGUCUAUCCCCCUUUCUCACUGUGCUCUUCCAUUCACACACACACACACACACACACACGUACAUACUGUAAUCAUAAUAAUUUUAUAUCACUCUUCAUUACAUAAAGGAAAGCUUUAGGGAGGGAAGAGGUGGUCAAAGUGGAAGCAGCAGGCAGCACAUUGUCAUCACGGUGUCUCGCCAUCCACGCCGUCUGUGGUUUGGUAGUCGGACUCAAUCAGAUGAAGUUAGAGUUCCCUAAUAGCCACUGGACUAGCUAGCCAACUACUCUUCACUAAUACCAAAAUGCAGCACCCACUUGGCAGUCACAAGACACACAAUAGUAAUUCAGGAUUAGCCAGUCAUGGUCAUCUGUCAUCUCUUUACACCUCUGUAUUCUGGCUUCUCUCAAUCCUCAACAUCUUGAAAGUAGGUAUAAUCAAAUCAAUACAAAACAUUACAUACUAGCAAGCUAACAUUAGUUUUCUAGCUAGCCAAAAAACAACUGCCAAUUUCAGCCUUUAAAACAUGCUGGAUUCAGACUAUAAUAAUAAGCUAAUAGUUCAUUCAUAAAACCCAAAGUUUGCAGGGAAAAAUGCUAUUAAAGCUAUUAAUGACAACUAUUUACAAAAUAUACAGGAGCUCUCUGCCUACCCGACCUUACGGUGCCAUGGCAACCUAUUCUAUUUGUCCCUUGAUGGGUUGCAUCGCUCUGUGAGUUUUUGCUAUUUGGUGUAAUGACUGCUUGAGCCCAGCAGGGGGCAGUGGUUCUCUGUGGAGCCUCCUCUCUCGCUCUGUCUCUUACUCUCGUGGUGCUUAUACUAGUUGGUAGUAGCUUUACAUCUAGUAGUGAAUGUAAAGACACAAGGAGUACUUCCCAAAAACUGCCAACAUUUUUGCAGCAGAUGCUUUGCUGCUGGUGUAGGCCCAUGCAGGAUUUGGGAGUAGGAUGUUGAGGUGACACAAUGGGGACUUCUGCUCAGGAGACGUGGCCACAUCGGCUGCCUUUGGGAACACUCUCUUCCCAAGUGCCUCUACCAUGUGGCAUUCCCAAGGACUCACUCCCAUACGGAAUCUCACAGAACGAGAGCACAACACUUCCCAGUACAAAUACGUGGGAGAGUACCCGUGCCCCAAGUUGACCUUUUACUAUUAAUUUGUCGUCAACAAUUUGAAGAAGAGAAGGAUUGUUUCGGCAGUACCCUGUGCCAAAAUAACAGAAAAACACUAUAUACAGUGUUUGUCACAACACAACUGAUUGGCUCAAACGCAUUAAGAAGGAAAGAAAUUCCACAAAUGAACUUUUAACAAGGCACACCCGUUAAUUGAAAUGUAUUCCAGGUGACUACCUCAUGAAGCUGGUUGAGAGAAUGCCACGAGUGUGCAAAGCUGUCAUCAAGGCAAAGGGUGGCUACUUUGAAGAAUCUAAAAUAUAUUUUGAUUUGUUUAACACUUUUUUGGUUUUCAACAUUAUCCCACAUUUGUUAUUUCAUAGUUUUGAUGUCUUCGCUAUUAUUCUACAAUGUAGAAAAUAGUCCAAAUAAAGAUAAACCUUGAAUGAGUAGGUGUGUCCAAACCUUUGACUGGUACUGUGUAUGUAUAUAUAUAUAUAUAUAUAUAUAUAUAUAUAUAUACACACAUACAAAUACUAAAAGCUCUGCAAUUAGGAAGCCGUUUAUAUAUUUAUAUUUAGAAGCAAACGUCAUCUGUCAAGUAUCAUCUGUGUUUCCUAACACAUUGAUAAAAUGGUACAUAUUCCAAUGGUGUUAACGCAAUGCAUUGUCACUUUUAUCCUCUAAUAAUAAUAAUAAUGUGCUAGGUUGGUUAUACCACAAGCAGCUAACUCCAUUCUGGUCAAAAUGGUGGUUACUGGUACUAAGAUUUGGGGGUCACGAUUAAAUAAUAACAAUAAUACGUAUAAUUGAAGGGGCAUCCUUUUUCUCGUCUCUUUUCUUUUGACUUUGUGAUUUGCGACCAUCCCAUCCAGUGGGAUCUCGGUGUAAUUGUAACGUGAGGAUGAAUGUACACAGCACUUAAAAUGGUGAACGAUGUAUUGGAGUGGUCUCAAAGCAAAUAGGUAGCUAGCAAGUGUUGCGUGUAAAAGAAAAUAUGAUGCGCAACUGACUAUAGGACUGACAACAGGCAAAACAGACGAGCGGCGACACCUGUGUUUUUAGCCUGGAAAGACUUCCUCCCUUAUUCCCCAGGUCCCCAUGUAUCUUUUGGCGUAAGGGGUCAUUCCUCUGACCGUAAGCCAGUGGUUCAGACAACUCCAUGGAAGAACAAGGCCACACAGUUCACAUAGUGCAGCCCACUUGGGUAUUUUAUUUGUUUCUGUUUUGAUUUAUUCCUAUUAUCUAGUCAUACACAUUUCUAAUACUUUAGCAGUAGGCAGGACAAAGGCUGCGUGUAUGUGGACGUUUGGAUCUUAUGGCAGUCCUGGGGUUGGCCUGUAUAUGUUUGUCUGAGAGUUUGGGCUUCUGCGGUGAAGGAGGGAGGUUAGAGGGGAGAGCUCCAUUCCUGGGGUCAUGACUUCUCUUUGCCAUGGGGGAUUGGCUCCCAGACAUAGUGGUUAGGGAGAUGAGUCCAAGGGGGUAACUAAACCAUACUGUGGUCUGGACUGUCAAAUGAAGGGGCAGACAUACUGUAAACCUUUUAGACUCAAAAACACCCACACAUAUUACAUAGAAAAUAAACAUGUACAAAUGUACACAUUUUGUACAUUGAAAAUACACAAAAAUACAGUCACGUGAGCAGUGCCUGACACAUACUUAACCCCGCCCUACUCAUUCACACACAUAAACCCAGUCAAAAGAAAAUUCCUUUCCACUAAAAUUAAAGCAUAUAUCCUUAGGGAGACAUUGGAGCAGAUUCCUGGAGGGCAAAAAGCCUGGGAACCCCCAUGAAACCAUGCUAGGGAUCAGAGUGGAGCGGGCCCGAACACAAAAACAAACAUGGCCACCGUCCGUCAUCCAUGUCACAACGCUGGCUCUCUUCAUGCUGAGGCCGUGUAGCACAGGUCACCACUUUUUCACAUCCAUUGAACACAGGUCGAAUUAGACGUUGAAUCUCAUGAAGAUAAGGCACUUUUCAAUAAUUGACCAUUCAUUGCACAGGGGUGAGAGGAGGAUGGGCAGUACUAAUGGCUGGAAUGGAAUAGUAUCAAACACAUGUUUGAUUCUAUUUCGUUCCAGCCAUUAUAUGAGCCCAUCCUCCCUAAUUAAGGUGCCACCAGCCACCUGUGGUCCAGUGCUAGAAAAGUUAGGCAAUAUUAUGGUUAUUCUUAGUUGAUUACAUCUGUGUUGUUCUAUGAUUGCCCCACCUGUUCUAUGGUGAUAGUUAUACAGUAUGUGUCCAUAUGUGAGGGGCCUAACAGUGCAGUAAGAGGAUUGGCUUUUAAGGGUAAAUUGGACACAUUCUGUGCUAAUCUCUUCAUACGUGUUUAACCCUCCCUGGUGAAUGGAGGAAGGCAGUGUUAAAGACAUGUUUCUUCUACACCCAGGAACUGAGGGGGAAAAGGCAGGUCUGUCAUUCAAAUUGAGGACUAAAUGGCGUGCCACUUCAUAUAGUAUAUUAACAUGCGGCUCAAUACUGCCCUAUCUAAGCUUUAGAGACUGGACACUGGGUUGUGUGCAGUAGGCACGAAAUGGAAGAAAACCCUCUGAAGCAGAGUGAAACAUGGAGGUUCUAGCUGGUUGUACCUGUCCAAUGAAAAACACACAUUUUCGCUUUCCCCUCCUAAAGGUUUUGCUUAGUGAGCCCUAAUGAACACAACCCGGGAAAUUCUCAAUAGCUUUUUAUGAGACAAAGGGGGAUGAAUUAACAACCCAUGUUGCCGUUUCGAAGCAGAUACAACUCAAACGGGUAUCCGGAGGUAGAACUAACAAUCACACUGAUCUCAAAAUGAAGCAGAAUCAUCAAUCUAAUGGCAUCACUGAUGUAAUUAAUACCAUGGGAACAAUGAGAAAGAGGGUGUUAUUUUGGAUUUGUUUGAUAAAACCAAUUUUAUGACAGUCCCACAUGUAUCUUAAACUAGACUGUGACGAUUGCCUGUAUUGAAGGCGUAACCAGCUAACAGAACUUAAUUAACUCUCUCUUGUGGAAGACAAUCUUGUAAAACACUUUGAAGUGAUGUUGGGUAUUUCCAAUUGGGACACUGUUUGUGUGGCACACAUCCCAAACAGAGUGAAUUGAUACAAGUCAAGUCACUGUCUGGUGGCAGAAGUAAUUUUUAUGCAGAGUAAGCAUUUUACAUUUUAAUCGUUUAGCAGAUGCCCUUGUACAGAGUAAUUUAAAUAAUCCCACAGCACCCCCCCCCCCCCCCCCCCACCCGUAGGUUGUCCCACCUAGCUAUCUUAAGAUGAAUGCACUAAUUCAGAUACUCUUUGAAGCGGUAGGGUUUUAGAUGUUUUCGGAAGAUGGGCAGGGACUCUGCUGUCCUAGCUUAAGGAGGAAGCUGGUUCCACCAUUGGGGUGCCAGGACAGAGAAGAGCUUGGACUGGGCUGAGCGGGAGGGCCAAGAAACCAGAAGUGGUAUGUAGUGCUCGGGUUGAGGUGGAGGGUUUGAGCAUGGCCCAAAGGUAGGGAGGGGCAGUUCCUCUUGUUGUUCCGUAGGCAAAUACCAUGGUCUUGUAGUCGAUGCAAGCUUUGACUGGAAGCCAGUGGAGUGUGCGUAGGGGAAGGGUGGUAUGGGAGAACUUGGGAAGGUUGAACAGGCCGCAGCAUUCUGGUUGCAGGGGUUUGAUGGCACAAGCGGGGAGCCCAGCCAACAGCGAGUUGCAGACGGGAGAUGACAAGUGCCUAGAUUUGGACCUGUGCCGCUUCCUGUGUGAGGUAGGGUCAUACUCUACGGACGUUAUAGAGCAUGAACCUGAAGGAGCGAGUCACUGCUUUGAUGUUUGCAGAGAACGACAGGGUGUUGUCCAGGGUUAUGCCAAGGUUCUUAUACAGUACAUUAAAAAAACAUGGGCCCCUCCCAUCCUCAUCACUACCACGAUUCCUCCUCUUAGCCACACUUUCCAUCUAUUCAUUUUGGUUCACCUUUAAGUGCCUCGAUCUAUUUUGGAUGUGUUCCUUUCUUGCCACCGGUAUUUUUUCCGGAAAUGUCUAUGGUUAUUAAUAUGGAACUGAGAAACAAAGUGGAUAGGUUGGAAGUGUGCUGAGAUUGGAUAGAACCAUGUCUACCCACCCUCUAUUCCCAUAAUGUGUGUGUUAUGGGUUGACAUUGUGUUUUGCGCGAUGGUGUUUAAAAGUACUACAUCACCCAUGUAUUAUUUUCAACCCAAAAGACACCCUAUUCCCUUUAUAGUGCACGACUUUUGACCAGGGCCCAUAAUGCUCUGGUCAAAGGUAGUGCACUAUUAUAGGAAAACGUGCCAUUUGGGACUCAAUCAAUAUGUACAGUGUGUCAGUUAUGGUAUUAAUUUGGUUUCAUACGGGAAACUGGAGUUUCCAAGGAUUUAGUCAUCUAACCAUGAGAUUUGCCCUUCCAUCUGUGUGCUGAAAUCCCUCUGGGGACCUUUCUCUAUACAUCCAAGGGAAUAACAAAAGCUUUAAUCUAUCAAUAAUCAAUCAUUGGAGCUAUCACACUGUGAGGUCCCGAAAAAACAUUUCUGCGUUAUGUACUUUUUGGAGAGGGUGAAGAAACGAUCUUGUGUCAGUUAGCACUCACCCCACUCCACAGACGUUAAGUGUUGAACCAAAAAGAAAACCGACUCAAACUUUGUAGUGUUGCUCCCAUUAGGAAAAAAUAUUAAGACCCAACUGAGAGGAAAAAUCUAACAUUUUGACAACAUAAUUUCCUCAACAUCACUGUAUAGUUGGGCAUUUAGAGCUAUUCUAUUUUCCAUUCUUUUGGCUUUUUAUUUAUUUUCAUUCUUAGGCGAGCGAUUUAGUAGUUGCUACUGGUAACACAGUUCAUUGUACAACAUUCGUUUAAACAUUUUUUUUAAAUCAAAGCUGAAAUGAUUCUUAUGCACCAUAUGACCACAAGUAUGUGGACACCUGCUUGUCAAACAUCUCAUUCCAAAAUCAUGGGCAUUAAUAUGUAGUUAGUCCCCCCUUUUCUGCAUAAACAGCCUCCAAUCUUUUGGGAAGUCUUUCCACUAGAUUUUGGAACAUUGCUGUGGGGACUUGCUUCCGUUCAGCCACGAGCUUUAGUGAGGUCGGCACUGAUGUUGUCAGAUUAGGCCUGGCUUGCAGUCAGCGUCCCAAUUCAUCCCAAAGGUGUUCAAAGGGUGUUGAGGUCAGGGCUCUGUGCAGGCCAGUCAAGUUCUUCCACGGGGGCAUUGUCAAGUUGAAACAGGAAAGGGCCUUCUCCAAACUGUUGCCACAAAGUUGGAAGCACAGAAUCGUUUAGAAUGUCAUUGCAUGCUAUAGCAUUAAAGAUUUCCCUUCACUGGAACUAAGGGGCCUAGCCCGAACCAUGAAAAACAGCCCCAGACCAUCAUUCCGUCUCCAUCAAACUUUACAUUGGCACUAUGAAUUGGGGCAGGUAGUGUUCUUUUGUGUGGCUGCCCGGCCUUGGAAACCCAUUUCAUGUUCAUGAAGCUCCCAACAAACAGUUAUUGUGUUGACGUUGCUUCCAGAGGCAGUUUGGAAGUCUGUAGUGAGUGUUGCAACCGUGGACAGAUCAUUUUUACGCGCUUCAGCACUCGGGGGGGGGGGGGGGGGUCCUGUUUUGUGAGCUCAUGUUGCAUACCACUUCGCGGCUGAGCCAUUGUUGCUCCUAGAUGUUUCCACUUCAAAAUAACAGCACUUAAGAGUUAACCGGGGCAGCUCUAGCAGGGCAUACAUUUGACAUCCUAUGACGGUGCCACAUUGAAAGUCACUGAGCUCUUCAGUAAGGCCAUCCCACUGCCAAUGUUUGUCUAUGGAGAUUGCACGGCGGUGUGUUCGAUUUUAUAUACCUGUCAGCAACGGGUGUGGCUGAAAUAGCCGAAUCCACUAAUUUGAAGGGGUGUCCACAUACUUUUUUAUAUAUAUAUAGUGUACUUACUGUACUGAGGGGUAUUUUAACAAAUCUACAGUAUUAUGUGUUUGUAUAGGUAUAUGUUAUUUUGGCCAUUGACUGGCAGUGCGGAGUUUGAAGAUAACAUUUGAGAAAAUGUAGCUUGUUGCUGAAUGCACUUUUAUUAUGGGACAUUUCCAUUCAGACACCAAUGUGGGCUACCUAUUUGAGCCCCCAGGUGAAAGGGUGCAGCUUGUGGUGAUUCUGUGGAGAUAACCCCCGUUAGAUGGAGAAAGAAAAAACGCAAGUGAAGUUGGGUACUCCGGCUGGAGUAUAAUUAGAGAUUGAGAGGGCGGGACUUACGACAUAUGUGUUAGUAGGCAAGCAUGGGCAUCCCUCGUGGGGAUGCUCCCGUUUAGCAAGAUUUUUUGGUCCUCACUUUUCUUGUCUACAUCACUUGCUUUGCAUCUUGUGGCGUGUCUAGAAUGUUAGUCCACCACCACAUUUCUGUCUGAUUAUGCACUUGGCGUUGGCCCACAUGCCCAAAGAGGGGUGCACAAAGUGUGAUCUUUUGACUUUUCCUUUCAUUUUAAUGCCUGCAAAAUGUUACACAUUUGUAUUGCUUGAGAAAAGUUGCACACGAUUUUAAGAGGUUGUAUAAUUGUACGGAGUCAGUAUUUUUAUGGUUGAUUUGACAAAACGCUCCACCGAAAAAUGGACUGUUCUAAAAAUUUUUUUUUUAAAGUACACCGUUCUCGUUUAAGAUAAGGUAAAAAAGGUCCCCAAAAAAGUACACUGUUCUUGUUUAAGAUAAGGUAAAAAGGUCUAAAAAAAAAGUACACGUUCUUGUUUAAGAUAAGGUAAAAAGGUCCCCAAAAAAGUACUGUUCUUGUUUAAGAUAAGGUAAAGGUCCCAAAAAAAGUACACAGUUCUUGUUUAAGAUGAGGUAAAAAGGUCAACAACAAAAAAAGUUGAGGGAUGUUCCAUUUUCCUGUAAAUUGUACCCCUAUUUAUUUGCCUUACUUAGUUUGCUAUAUUUUGUAUGUAUACGCAGCAUAACAAAAUGUUAUAAUAAAAAUAUAUAAAUAAUUA